AUGGGUGCAGCAAUCCUGAAUAUCUUGGAAGACAACCCAUCUGGUCCUAUAGAUUUUCAAGGAUCUAGGUCCUGUAAAGCUUUCAGAACGAAUUCUUGCGUGAUUUGGAGAAUGGUAAAAGUAGCAGAAUUGGGAACUUUAGAUGUUCGACACACUUAUCUUGAAGCGCAUCAUGUGAUUAAAAAAAGAACGGCGGAUCAAUCUAUUCGUAUAUAUGUGUGGUAUGAUGGCAGUGUCAAUGAUUUAGAAAGUCCCAAGAGAAAUUUAAUAAAGAAUGAACUGAUACCUCAGGCAAUAGAUUAUUUUUCUAAUGCUUUUCAAGUCAAACCUACGGGUGUUCCUAUUAGAUUAUCAAGAACAUGUAGCAAUAGUUAUCAAAUGCUUCCAGGUGAACCUUAUGAAUAUUGUACAGAUACGUGUGCUGAGGAAACCACCUGUGGUUACGUCACAGUGCCACAACAACAUUUACAAUAUUUUUCAUAUUUGGAUGGUGUCGAGUCCACAGAUCUGGGUAAAUAUGGUGGCGUUGUAGAAAUGGCAGACUAUUGUCCUUACCAUCAGGAACUGGAGUGGGAGUCAGAUUCUGAUAUUAUCAGGACUUCACAUUGUAACAACCCUAACAAUGCACCAGAUUCCAGAUACAGUUUCUCAUUAGAACAUUAUGGAGACAGUGCAGUCUGUGUUGAGCAAGGGGUGGCAUGGAUUAAACAGCAAUGUAAUCUCAUAUCAACACAACACCAAUGGGGGAGUGGAUGUUAUAAGCAUUUUUGCGAUGCUGACAGGGGAUUGGUUUUACAGUUAGGCGAUGAAGAAUACCAAUGUUUUUACAAAGACCAAAUAUUAUUUAUAAGAAUUGAACAUAAUGAUGCACUACAUGAAGGCUCAUUAGUGUGUCCAUCUUGUCAAGAAGUCUGCGGUGAUCAAAUUGUAUGUCCAGUAGAGGAACUCAAUCCACCACCAGAUAAUAGAACGUCAAAGGUAUAUGUUAUACCUUGUGUUGCUGGUGCCACAAUGAUAUCGGAUUCACUUUUCUCAAGCAUUUUUCGAACAAUAUUAUUAAUAUUCCUGAUGGUAAUUCUCUAG